AUGAACAGUAUGCCUUGUUUGAGACGCACACUGUAUUACACCUUGAGAGAGGUUAAAGUUCACCCAAACAUUGAUAUGUAUAGUCAGUUAUUUCACAGAUUAAGACAUUUGUCAGGAAGUGGAUUUCGGGCAUGUUCAUCAAAAGUUUUUGACUUAAAUCAAGUUGCAAGAUCAAAUAGAGAAAAAAGUUCAUUAGAUGGUGUUAAAAGGUCCAUAUCUCAGAAAGUUGUUAAGAAAUCAAAGGCAAAAGCCAUUAAGGAGGAAGUUACACAAACGCCAGAAGAUGAAUUGGAGAUUCCGGACUGGUUUAGUACAGUAAUGGAAUUACCAUUUUAUGCACAGGAGGAGAUUGAUAGUUCAAACCAUGCACAGUUUAAAGAGUUUGUUGAAGGCCUAGAUAUAACAUAUUUACCAUCAGUGAGCACAGUAAUUAAGCAAACAGAAUCAAAAUCCUCACAGACUGUUCUAAAAAGAUGGAAAGCUUCAAAGAUAAAAGAGCUUGGCAGCGAAGAGCAAUUUGAAAAAUAUCAUCAAGGUAUAAUAAAUGAUGGACUCAAUCUCCACAAGUGUAUAGAGAUGACCUUGAAAGAUGAGGAAGAUGUCAAGGUCAAGGGCUCACAUGAAGGUCACUGGGAAAGUGUUAAAGCAGUGUUGGGAGAUGUUAAGAAUGUGAAAAGCCUGGAGAGUGAUUGUGUUCACCCAGAAGUGUUCUAUAGAGGAAAAUUUGACUGUAUUGCUGAAUUUAGGGACACGUUAUGUUUGAUUGAAUGGAAGACCUCAAGCACCCUCAAGCCAUUAUUGAGUGCUACAUAUGAUAACCCUCUACAAGUUGCUGCAUAUAUGGGUGCUGUAAACAGAAGUGGAAUUCUUAAGCAGUUAGAUAUACCCAACGUGACUAAUGGUGCUCUGGUGUUUGCCUACGGUACAGGUGAGCCAGCUACAGUUCAUAUGAUGUCUCAGAAGAUAUGUGAGAAAUACUGGAGGAAGUGGAAGCAGAGACUGUAUCUUUACUGGGUCCAACAAUACCAGAAAUCUUUAGAGAAUUGA